AUCUAUUCUUCUUCUUAUCCUGACCUUGGCAAACAACAUCACCACCUCUAUUCUUCUUCUCCUUCUACUACUCUAUUCUUCUUCCAGUGUAUCAUAUAUCCAUACCAUUUAUUCCAAUUAAUUUCUAAGGAGGCAAGCUGAAGAUGAUGCAGAUUUCAUCCACCAAUUACUUGCCUGAACUUGGAAUGGAGGAGCCAACUUACUUUCAUCAAUUCCCAAUGGAUUCAUCAUAUGCAGAAUUCCAAGAUCUUGAGUUUGAGUCCUUCACCGCUUCCCCAGAUGAGAGCUAUUCCUCUGGCAAUAAGCGCUUCAAUUCUGAAAGUCCUGAUUACUCUUUUGCCCCUGCAAGACCAACCAAGCAGCCCAAGACUGAGACUACUUGGAGUGCAUAUGGCACAGAUUUGAUAGCUUCCAAGGCUUCUUCUUCUUCUUCAUCACCCAAAAUCAUUUCUUUUGAGCACUCCAAUGUAUCUUCAGUAACUUCUUCGCAACCUUUCCACAACAUGGGUGCAGCAAACGUGGUGAAGCCUAAAAUGGAAUCCGGGUUUGGUGAAAACUUGGAUUUUGCAGCUGUGAUUUCUCAAGGUGCAUAUGAUGACAAAAGUUUCCUAUACAAUGAAAACAAGCUGGCUGCCACAGCAACGAUCAGAAACCAAGUUCAAGCUCGAGAUCACGUACUAGCCGAAAGAAAACGAAGGGAGAAACUCAGCCAGAGAUUCAUUGCUCUUUCCGCUGUCCUUCCAGGACUCAAGAAGAUGGACAAGGCCACGGUUUUGGAAGAUGCAAUUAGCUAUCUGAAACAACUAAAAGAACAGGUGAAAACUCUAGAAGAACAAGUUGCCGAUAAAACUGUUGAAACAGCAAUCUUUCUGAAGAGAUCUGUUGUCUUUGGUGAUGAUGAUGGCUCCUUCUCUGAUGAAAACUCCGAUCAAUCACUCCCUGAAAUCGAAGCGAGAGUUUCUGGGAAAGACAUACUCAUCAGAAUCCACUGCGAGAAACACCAUGGGAAAGCAGUGUCUGCAAUACUUGUGGAAUUAGAAAAGCACCAUCUCACAGUUCAAAGUACCAGCAUUUUGCCCUUUGGAAAUAACACUCUUGACAUAACCAUUGUUACUCAGAUGAAGAAAGAAUACAAUCUCACAACAAAGGAGCUCAUAAAAAGCUUAAGUCAAUCUUUGAAGCAGUGUGCAUGAAAAGAAAUUAACUUCAGUUAACAGUGACAUUAAUUUUUCACAGCACAUUGGUUCCCCUUUUUUAUCCAUCAUUUGGAUUCGUCUAUCACCUCCCAGAAAUAAUGCAGAAGUGUAUGUUGUUAAUUUUUUGCGCAGUUGACUAUAAAGCUGCGUUAAUCUGCCCAGAAAUGGCAUUUUCAAAUCUAUGCUGACUACAGCUAUUUUGUUUUAUCCAAAGAGGGUUUUUUGAGAGAUUUAGACAGAUCUUUUUCCACCCUCAUUGUCGUUGUGAAAAAGGGUGUAGUUUGAUGACAAUGUUGAUUGUUGAGUGUAUUUAUAUUGCAAUUUAAUAUUGGUCCCGAUGUUAGAUGGGUAUGAAGUUCUUGAUUA